AUGCCGGGACAGAAGAACUCUCCCGGUAAUGAAACCGCAAGCUGUCAGAAAGAUAGCUUCACGCGUGCACAGGUAGAAUGGGACCAGACGUUCCCCGUAUCGUGUCUCUCACGGAAAGUUAUCUUAACCGGUUUUUUACUCCUUUUGCUAAUAUUUGUGCGGUGCGCCUCUGGUCACCCGCAAUGUUUGGAUUAUCGACCACCUUUCAAACCCCUAUACCAUCUCGAGUUUUGCAACCAUUACGAGAAAUUUGGUUGCUGUGAUCAAAAAACGGACAACAUAAUUGCUGAAAGGUACUGGGAUAUAAUGGACUUACUGGAUGACCAGGGGUAUGAACGUUGUGCUGACUUGGUGAAAGACAUUAUGUGCCAGGAGUGUUCGCCUUAUGCUGCCCAUCUGUAUGAUGCAGAGGAUCCCUACACUCCAAUACGCCAUCUCCCAGGACUCUGCUUCAGUUACUGCUCUGAAUUCCAUACCAAGUGUCACUCUGUGGUCAAGUACCUGACCGACAGCAAAGUCUUGCAGGAGUCCUGUGAGAAGGACCGAUCCAGGUUCUGUAACCUGAUCAACUUGGCAGACCAAGACUACUGCUACCCCAACGUGCUCAAGAACACUGACUUGUAUAGCAACCUAGGCAAAGUGGUGGAAGACCCAAAGGGUUGCUUGCAGCUCUGCCUCAUGGAGGUGGCAAAUGGUCUGAGGAACCCAGUGCUGAUGCUCCACAGUGGUGAUGACACCCACCGGAUGUUUGUGGCCGAGCAGUUGGGCUUUGUAUGGGUGUUCCUGGGUGAUGGAAGCCGUGUGGAACAACCAUUCCUUGACAUGAGUGGAGAAGUGCUGACCACACCCUGGCUGGGAGAUGAGAGAGGCUUCUUAGGUUUAGCUUUCCAUCCACACUAUCGUGAUAAUGGACGCUUUUUCAUCUAUUACUCCAUCCUGAUGAACAGCAAGCUGGAGAAGAUCCGCAUUAGUGAGAUGAAAGUGUCCACCCAUGAUAUGAACAGGGCAGACCAUAACUCUGAGAGAGUUAUUCUUGAGAUUGAGGAGCCUGCAGCAAACCAUAAUGGUGGACAGCUCUUGUUUGGCCAAGAUGGAUACCUGUACAUCUUUACUGGAGAUGGUGGAAAAGCAGGAGAUCCUUUUGGAAAGUUUGGAAAUGCACAAAACAAGAGUGCCCUGUUGGGGAAAGUGCUCCGCAUCAAUGUGGAUGGUAGCGGUAGGGAUCGAAAACCAUAUCGGAUUCCUCCCGACAAUCCUUUCAUACGAGACCCAGAUGCUCGGCCUGAAGUUUACGCCUAUGGUGUGCGGAACAUGUGGCGAUGCUCCGUGGAUCGGGGGGAUCCAGUUACCCAGUAUGGGAGAGGGAGGAUAUUCUGUGGUGAUGUGGGCCAGAAUCGAUAUGAAGAGAUUGACAUUAUUGUAAAAGGUGGAAACUACGGGUGGAGGGCGAGAGAGGGAUUUGAGUGUUUUGACAUGAAGCUGUGUCAAAACUCUUCAUUAGAUGACAUUCUUCCCAUAUUUGCUUAUAGUCAUCAUGUGGGGAAGUCAGUGACAGGAGGAUAUGUGUACAGGGGCUGUGAAUCACCCAACCUCAAUGGCCUUUACAUCUUUGGAGACUUCAUGAGUGGACGGCUGAUGGCCUUACAGGAAGAUAAGAAAACAGGAACCUGGAAAGAAAGAAAUGUUUGCAUGGGUGAUGCCGUAACCUGCUCCUUCCCUGGACUGAUCAAUCAUCACCACAAGUUUAUCAUCUCAUUUGCUGAGGAUGAAGCUGGAGAACUGUAUUUUCUUGCCACCUCAUACCCAAGUGCAAUGUCUCCCUUCGGCACAAUCUACAAAUUUAUGGAUCCAUCUAGACGAGCACCUCCAGGAAAAUGCAAGUAUAAACCACUUCCUGUGAAGGUCAAAGGGAAAAAGAUGCCAUUUGUACCCAGAGAAUUAACUGUGCUGGACAUAAAUGAAAAACCCACACGACCUCCACUAAAAAAAAUCAAAUUUACCACCACCAAGCCACCUGUCACAGGCCAGCCCUCCCAAGCUUCACGUACUACAGUUUUCCAGAAAGCCCUCAACCAAACUAUGCCAACCAAAAAACUACAAAAGAAAAUUAAGAAUAUGACUACGGACAAGGCUCAAGUCAAGAUUGCCACAGGACGUUCUCAGGUAACAAAAACUGUUCCUCUCAAUCAGAAAACAAUGACCCAAACCAAGAAACGUAUUGUUGAGAAAGGUAGGAAAAAACAGCCUCUCCUGCCUAAAGUCACCAUGAAGGGCAUUUCUAAAGGACAAAAAACCAAACCAAUAAAAUCAACAAAACCUUCAAAACUGUCGAAACCAGCCACCUGGUUUCAGAAGACUAAAAAGAUCGGUAAAGGGCCCCAGAAACCUCUGAAUCUCAAAUCCAAGAUGAACUCUCCCAAAAGAAGCAAGGACAACAGCAGAAAGCCAAAGAGCAGUUUUAUCAAGUCAAAAGUGAAGAAGUCUGACAUUUGA